AUGAAUACACUGCGGCGAGCUGCUGCACGAAGUGCGAAACUUGAAUCAUUCGUCGACUGCAGCCGUUACACAAGUAUUGUUGGCCGUACGCCAGCCAUUCGGAAGACGCGCGAGAAUGUGCGUGAAGAAACCCCUGCCCAAGCUUACCCAGACAGGCUAAGAGGUUUACAUACUGGAAUUUCGAGGGUUCAUGCCAGUUCUAGAAGCAGCAGUCGAGGCUUCGAUGCCCAAUGUGCUGGGCGAUUACUGCCUUGCCCGGAGAAGUACACUCACCCAGUCAAACACGGCCGCUGCGCUCGAUCAGGCGGCGGCUGCUGGCACUCUCCCUGCGACGCUUUUGCAGAGUGCAAUUUUGUGGGCCAGGCCUUGUGCGGAGUUUGGCUUAAACGCAUCCCUGCGGUUGCCGGCUCCUUAGCUCCUUGUUCGCGAACGAACAGUGUUUCUAACAAAUACCACGAAAGAUCUUGUUGGCAGAUAGGGUGGAAGGCCCAUUGUCUCUCAGGAGUCGAUGAUCUAUCAGUCAAAUGCUUGAAGAGGCACAUAUCUUCACAGCAUUUUGCGCCACGCAGUCAUGAAAGAGCAUCUGCUAUACCGGCAGAAGUUGCAUGUGGCACAUGGCAGCUUCCCGUGAGGCGCUUCUCGCCACGAGAUAACUCCGAAAAAGAGUGUCGUUGUGGCUCCAACAGCAGCGCAGCCCUUGCCCUUGCGGCUGCAGCUACUCUUGCUUUGCCGCUGCAUUGGAUUGGACAAGAGGAUGCGCCACCCAAGAACAAAAGUGACGCGAGCCCGGCUGAAACCAAAACGCUAACAUGCUCUCCUGAUGAGUGCUCGCCAAGCAGGCCGCUUAGCGGACACGUGGAAAGAUUGGAACAAAUAAUCUGGCAGAGCCAGCCGGCAUUCAAAGCAGUUACUCUGGUGGCUGGCGCGUUCGAAAGCAUGCAGCACUGCUUCAGCAACAUCAAGGAAUGCAUUGCUGGCGAAGAGAACAGCAUCUAUCCAGGAGACUCUUUGCGAGCGCAGAGCAUUCUGCAAUCCCUACGGAGAAGUGCUGAUUGCUGUUUCAUUGCUCUUGGCUUUGCCACGAGACAAGCACUGGAACUUGUCACCCAGCGUGGAAGGAAAGUCUGCGUUGUCUGCAGUGACGGCGACUAUGCGAUUAACUCGAAAACGGCGCGCAACGAAAGCUCGCAAAAGCAGUCCAUUUCAGGAAUUCAUGAAUUAGAACAAACGAGUGGCUGUGCUCAUGCGCAAACUAGCCAGGGAAACGGGAAGGAGCCGUCAGCGGCAGCUGCAGCAGAGUCUGCUUCUAGUGUUCAGUUUCAGCUGGGGCAACCGCAACUGUUCUGCGCGGAUGCAGCAGUUGGCCCGGUUGCCGGAGCUGAAUGCAGUAGAGGGUGGCUCGCAGAAUUAGGUGAAACCGUUGGGUUUUUCUUUAGAAUGGUCGCGUCGGUUUUGCAAAGACUUCUCUACGUCUUGCCCCUAGCACUCAUCGUCGGCGCCGCAGGUUUCUGGCUGCUGACGCUGCCCUUCGUUUCAGGUUGCUUGCAGAUGUUGGGCUUAAGGGGCCAGCGAGUAGCUCACUGGGAAUCUGUUCUGCAGCGGGAACUUGAAGAAGUUAUCUUCACGGCUGUCACAGCAGCGGCCUCCGCAGCGGGUCCUACCUACGUGAAGUUGCUGCAGUGGAUUGCCACUCGGCCAGACCUGUUUAACGAGUCUCUCUGCGCGAGAUGUGCAAGACUCCAGACAUCAGCUCGUCCCUUCUCCUACCCUCGAGCAGCGCUGCUUCUCCGCGAGCAAUUCGGCGAUGACGUGAUGCGCCACCUCUUGCUUGACCCGAAGCCUAUCGGAUGCGGCUGCAUUGCCCAAGUCUACCGCGCAUAUCUUUUGUUAUCGGAUGAGGCGGAUGAAAAGUCAAAGCGAACUUUUCUUGACCACGCAUUCGUUUUGGGCGGAAGCAUGUCGAAACCAGUUUCUGCAGAAAUAGGCAGCACAGACAAGAUUCCUCCAGUCGCCGUUGCGGUGAAAGUUAUGCGGCCAGGAGUGCGAGAGGCUAUGGAAUUCGAUCUACGUGUGAUGCUCCUGAUCGCUUCGGUACUCCAGUAUCUGCCUGCCUUUGGAUUUGUCGCUUUGAAAAACAGCGUGGAGGAGUUUGCAGUUACGAUGCGGCGGCAACUGGACUUCGGGUUGGAAGAGAAACACCUGAAGCUGUUCCGCUCCAACUUCGGGCUCUCGUCGACUCCAGUUCCCGAUGAUCUGCUGCCGCUGCACAACAAAUGCAGACGCAAAAAGCACUGCGACCCUCUGCCAGUAGACUCAAAGGCGGAGCAACACCACACGAAUAUCCUCGGCUCGCUGUCAAGGAAGAUCCUUGGGAUGCGCCGGCAGGUCACCUUUCCCUACCCAUUCGAGGCGCUGAGCAGCAGCGAGGUGCUUGUUAUGACGCUGGAGUCAGGAUUUACUCUGAAUCAGCUCUUGAAGGCCAGAGCAAAGCAGCAAGAGGCGCCCUCCGGGACGCGGAAGCCCCAAGGCGAAUCCGCUUCAGACACAGCUGGGCGUAGCCAGCAGGACGAUUCAGCAGCCCUUUCAAACCCAGUGGCCCGAAGCAUAAUAGAGCGAUUUAACAGCGUUGGAAUGAUUUGCCUUCACUCCUUCCUCCAAAUGGUCUUCCUGGAUAAUUUCUUCCAUGGCGACAUGCACAGCGGCAACCUACUUUGCCGCUUUUCCCACAACAACAAGGAGCUCAUUUUUCCGGUUCUUUCCACGACUUUGCCGAAUCUCCAGCUGAAAUAUGCGCCAAGACUUGACGGGCCGCUGGAGUUGGUCGUGCUGGACUGCGGCCUAGCUGGCUCGCUAGAGCAGGCUGACCGAGUGAACUUCGUCACACUUUUGGAGGCCGUAGGAAAGAAGCGUGGCAGAGAUGCAGCCUUGGCGAUGCUCCAGAGAGCUCGAAGAAGCGCAUGCAAGGACGAAGAUGGCUUUUGCUCCGAGGUGGAGAAACUUAUCGACGAAUACCAUUUUGAGGAAGGCAACUCGUUGCAGAUGAGCCGCGUUCGGUUCACCUCUUUAAUGGGGAAAAUGCUUUCGCUUUCGAAAAAGUACUGCGUGGAACUCGACCCGUCAUUUGUCUCGAUUGUUGUGGCAAUGUCUGUUUUAGAAGGAGUAGGGGCCCAGCUCUGCCCCGAUGCCGACGUGCUGCGGACUGCCCUGCCUUACACUCUCAUGGCUGCGAAGCUUCUGGGCUGCGACAGCGGCUAA